AUGGUCAAUAUUCCCCUCUCUUCUGUCAUUGUGGUGGCCAUGCUCACCCCCGGAGCCUUGUCUAACCUGAUGAUCAACAAUUGGUGCGGAGCCGGUGUCAGCAUGGUCAAGUCCAAGUAUGGCAACUGUGACCAUGGUCCCGACGGCCGUUGCAUCAGGGACGGCGGAGUUCCAUGGUAUAUACCCCCAGGAUCUGGUCAGUCCAUCCUCAGCCACGCCUGGGACGGCGAAACGGUCAGCCUGAAGCUGUCCAAGGACGGUAGCCCCCCCGGUGUACUCCAGUUCGAGUACUCGCAGACCUUUGGCGAGUGGGGAGGUAUCUGGUGGGAUCUGAGCGACCUCGACGGGAGCGGCAAUGGUCUGGUCGGUACCCCUUUCCGGAACGACAAUGUGGGCGUUACGCCGACGGGCAGCGGCUCUGGUCAGGGGACGUGCGUCAAGAUCCGCUGUGGUGCUGGCAGCGUCUGCCUCGACAGCUACCAGCAUCCAGACGACCCCAACACCAAGUACUGUCCUCUCGACACGGGCGACAUGUGGCUUGAUCUGUGCAUGCCGCCGGAUCUGUUCUACCAGCAGAGUCUGGUGGUUCUGGAUGAGAAGGACAAGAAGAACUUGACGGAUACCAAGCCGCCGCCGAGUUUGGAAUAUCGGGUCAGGCCAGGCAGUGAUCAUGCCCGUCGGGGUGGCGGUCACAGGAUGUAUUUUGAGUCUUAG